AUGGUUGACUCCGACUCAGACAUUUUGAAUGCAAUUGAAGGAAUUGCAAGUGUCAAGUUCGAAUGGUACCAACCUAACCAUCAAGCAGUCAGACAACAUGCUGGAUACUUCCCGUUCAUAAAUAAGUCUGACAUUGACUUGACAAGGUAUGGAAUUUACAAUUCAAUUGAAACAAUUGUCAAUGAACCUUGUAUUCUUACAUGUCUCAGGAACUCUGGUCUUGUUACAGAUGAGAAGAUGAAGUAUCUUGAGUCAUGUGUGAAGACAAGGUACAUUCUCAGAGGUCAAUUGGCAAAAAUUGCACCGUUGGCAAAUGUCAAUAUCCGAGUCAACAUACUUACAGCUAAAGGUUCUUCACAUGACGACUAUGUUGUUGAGUUCAAUUUACCAUGGUUGAAGAUUGCAAUUGUCCACAACCACUUCAUGUUGAACGAAAGUCUUACAAACCCAUUGUUCGGAAAAGGCAAGUGCAACAUUGUCAGAGCUGUAAACAUUCUUUUCGAGAAAGGUUUGUUGGAACCAAUUCCAGAUGACAAGCUGACAGAAACUUUUGUACCAAAAGACGAAACAAACUUUUCACUGUUGGCAAGACCAAAAGUUGUUCCAGACAAAGUUCUAGUACAAAAGAAGUACACAAUUCCACAAGGAGUUGGAUUGUUCGGAUACCAACCUGAACCAGAAGAACUUCCAAUGAGGUUGCAAGAACUUCAAGAUGCUAUAAACAAACUUCCAUUGAGACAUCCAAUUGACGUCAAAUUGUAUUGGAGAGCAUCUGAGUUAGGUCAGAAGGUUUUAUAUGAAACAGGUUGCUUCGACGAUGUUUAUGAGAUAACAGGAGAAGUUUCUCAGAAGAUAAGAGACUCACUUGAAUUUCCACAAACUGGACCAAUUGGUUGCGACAAGUUCGACUCAGAUGAAAAGAUAUACUAUGUCG